AUGCCAGGCGCAAGCGUAGCUGUCGCGCCCACGUCGGCACCUGCGACGACCACACCAGCACCAGGGGCAACAUCAACACCAACACCACGAAAGGCGCCGGGCGCUACACAGCCAGAAAGAAAGUACAAGUGUCAGUUUUGUGCCAGGGCUUUCAGCAGGAGCGAACAUCGCAGCCGACACGAACGUUCACAUACCAAGGAGCGACCAUUCAAGUGUCUCAAGUGCAGAAGCACAUUUGUACGACGUGAUCUUCUUCUCCGACACGACCGCACAGUCCACGCCAAAGAUGGCGGAAUACCUCUUCACAGCGACGGAAAGCGCCGAGGUGGUCCCAAGGCGGCUCCUCGCCCUGCCACCGGGCCUGCCAAGACUCCCAUGGACAUCGACACUUCAGCUCUUGAGCAGUUAGAAGCCAGCAGUGACGCCACCUCUCAGGCGCGAGCAAAUGGCGCAUCUUACGAUGGCAACGGAGCCAUGUCCUUUUCGCAAACCAGCACUCCGACUAUUGAACCCUCCGUACCCUUCACCAACUCCGCCCUCGGUCUUCCCCAGUGGGACAGCUUCAUCUCCCACGAUUCGAAGGCGCACUCGGUCAUCUCGGGUCCUGGAUCUUUCGAUACGUCACAUCCCAACCAUAUGGCCCCCAUGGGCGGCCAACACAUCACCGGGCUCCCUCUUUCGUCGCUCCCGCCUUCAGUGAACGGGACUCCCACCCCCCAGUCGCCAUUCCUGCCGCAUCGCACCCAUACUCCAUUAGAUGCCACUCAGGCUCACGCCGGCCAGAAGCCCCCUCCUCCUCAGAUCAACAGCGAUGAGGAGAGGAACAUGAUUCUGGACAACAUCCGUGCCCACGAUGCCGAGCACGCCCUCCCAGAAGGAUUUCGCGUACCGAGCUUGCCAUCGAUCAACCGAUAUCUUGCAACCUAUUUCGGCUUGUUCCACCACCACCUACCAUUCCUUCACCCAGCUUCGUUUGAGCCCACCCGAGUGUCACCACCACUCCUUCUUGCCCUUCUCUCCAUCGGAGCUCUGUAUGCUUUCGAUCAGGAGAAUGCUUAUAUGCUUCAUAUCGGGUCCAAGAUCUUGGUGAACCAGUUCCUUCAACAUAAGGAGAACUUCAGCUCGCGCAAGUGCCCGCUCUGGACCAUGCAGAGCUCUCUUCUCAACAUGAUUUUUGCCAGCUGGAGUGGUGACCCCAAGGGACUCGAAUGGGCUUGCUCGAUCAAGAGCCUUCUCGCCAACAUGGUUGCUGGCAACAGAUAUGAGCUGAAGCUUCGCCAAGAGGCUCGUGAAGGACGCUCCCCAACGCGCGCCGAGUGGGUUGAAGACGAAGGUUGUAGGCGUACUUACUAUGCGGUGUACAUCUUCUUUGGUCUUCUUACCCUCACAUUUAACCACACUCCGGCCAUCAACUUCAACGAGUUCGAGGACUUGCAGCUCCCAGCCACCGAGUUCCUUUGGAACGUCAAGGUUGCUGAUGAAGGGGCCUGGCAGAAGCAUCUCGAAGCGUCUCCUGCCCCGACAUUUAUGGUCGCCCACGAUAACCUUUUCCAGGGCGAGACGCUCACAUAUAGCGCUUUUGGAACGCGUGUUAUGAUCAAUGCGCUCUUCUUGGAAGUUUGGUAUCAUAAGAGGAGCCCCGAGGCUUUGCAGGAUGUGGUGACCGAGUACAAACUCAGACUCGCCCUCGAGACGUGGGAGAAAUCUCUAGAGUUCUGCGAGCACGAGACAGUAGCGGCUCCACUGCACACGCCUCAAACGGGUCAUCCCUUGAUCUUCAACGCCAAGGCCAUGUAUCGCAACGCGCGUGCUCGCUUGGAGGUGGACUUGAAGACGGUUCAGGAGGCCCUUCGGUACCACGACUCCUAUGAAGUCGCCGCUGCCAUGUCCAAUGCCCGGGAUCGGGUAAGACGCUCGGGCGAGAUGAUCAAGGUCAUUCAGGUUUGCUAUGACUGCAUCGAGACUGCGGUCGACACUGGUGUCCGCUGGGUGGCUCGUACCUCGCCGACAAACUGGAGCAUUGAGCACCCAUUGUGCGGCAUGGAUCUCAUGAUCAUCCUCAGUCUCUGGCUCUAUCGUCUGGAACAUGACGAGGAGCAGGCCACGGAAGAGGAGCAGGUCAUGUACAAGCGUGUGCGAGAGCUGUUCACAAGGGGGCUUCAGGAGAAGAUUGACGGCCACCUUGGCGCCAUCGUUGCGCGACUCUGGGCCUCGAUGCUUGGCGAGGUCGUUGUUUGGGGUAUUACCCGUGUGAUGGCCGAUUCGUUCCGCCUUCAUGAGCAAGCCCUCAUCGGUUACGUAGAUGACAUUGAGGCAUCCCCCAGUGUCACGACCCCUUCGAUGACAUCUCAAGGGGCCGAUGAGGACAGCGUGUAUUAG